UGACGAAAUUUCCUGGUGUGAAGUGAGUCUUGCAGAAUAUCAACAACAGAUCGAAAGAUACCCCAAAUGAUGAUUUGCAGUUCGCAUGCGAUUCUAAUCCGCAAUAACGCUGCAAAUAACAUCUGACAGCUAAUGGAGUCGCAUUGCUAGAUCAAUGUGUCUGCUUGGGCAUUUUACGCAGGAUUUCUCAUCGAGCUGGUAGCAGGUGGCGGCGACGGAGCGGGGCGAAGCUCGAAUAUUCAUGCCUUCCUGUUAAUGAAACUUAAUUACGGAUUCCGUGCAAGGGUUGCCAGCCGCCAUGUUAAGAUAAAGACACAGAUCUCUGUGUUGAACAUGCUAAAGCGUCUGGAUAAGAUAAGGUUCAGAGGACCGAAGCGAGAUGAGUUCCUGGACCUUGCCGAGUCCCCCAACGCAUCUGAUAGCGAAUGUAAUGACGACGUCCCAGUAAAACAGCGGAGCUCUAUCAAAGACACAGAAGAGCAGCGAGACCCUGCUGGUUCAGGGACUCUCACCAUGUCUGCUGCUCUCAACCAGGACUACAAAAUGUGUGAUUCAGACCGACUCAAUGAGGUCAAAGGUCACCUGGAGAUAGCCUUACUGGAAAAGCACUUUCUUCAGGAGGAGUUGAGGAAGCUCCGAGAGGAGACAAAUGUCGACACCCUGAAGCAGGAGCUGGAGAAAGAGAAAUUGAAAAGAGUCGAUCUCGAGCAGAAAAUGAAUGAAAUUCUCAGAUCCAGACUAGAAGAUUCACCACCCCCACCUCCACCUCCAAAGCCACAAGUCACUUCAGUCAAUGGAACAGGGGACAAACAGAAGGAGACCUUAAGAUCUCGGCUGUGGAAAUGGCUCUAUGAGCGCUUUGGUGUUUAUAUCGAAGACUUUCGCUUUCAGCCUGAGGAGAAUACAGUCGAGACUGAGGAACCACUAAGUGCUAAAAGAUUAACUGAAAAUAUGAGACGACUCAAACGGGGUGCUAAGCCUGUAACUAACUUCAUGAGGAACCUUUCUGCCUUAUCCAGCUGGCACUCUGUCUACACGUCAGCCAUCGCCUUUAUUAUCUAUAUGAAUGCUGCCUGGCAUGGCUGGGUUAUCCCCAUGUUUCUAUUUUUAGCCAUUCUGCGGUUGUCCUUGAAUUACCUCAUUGCAAAGGGUUGGAGGAUACAGUGGAGCAUUGUGCCUGAGGUGUCCGAACCGAUGGAGCCUCCAAAGGAAGAUCUUACGGUCUCCGAGAAGUUCCAGUUAGUGUUGGAUGUUGCACAGAAAGCACAGAAUCUAUUUGGAAAGAUGUCAGACGUAUUGGAAAAGAUCAAAAAUCUGUUCAUGUGGGUGCAGCCUGAAAUCACACAGAAACUGUAUGUUGGUUUGUGGAUGGCGUUCAUCACUUCCUGUUUGCUGCCAUAUAAACUCUUAGGCUUCAUGAUUGGGUUCUAUGCUGGCAUCAAAUUCUUCAUCAUUGACUUUAUCUUCAAAAGCUGCCCAAAACUGAGGGACAAGUACGACACACCCUACAUUGUAUGGGCCAACUUACCCACAGACCCGCAGCUCAAAGAGCGUAACAACGCCACACUGAGCAGACGGCUGUCUGGGUUCGAAAAGCAGAUCCAGCCAACGGUACCACGUGGCGCUCAAUCGGCUGGGAUGUCAUGCGGGAUUGGUCGUGAGGAGGAAAGCGGACGGGCUUACAACACCAAGAGAGGCCCGUUUCAUGAAGUCUUUAACUUGUCUGAAAAUGAGCGCCCCCUGCCAGUGUGUGAGAACGGAUGGCGAUGUUGCUUGAUCAACAGGGACAGGAAAAUGCCAACUGACUACAUCCGCAAUGGUGUCCUCUAUGUCACAGAGAAUUACCUGUGUUUCGAGAGUUCCAGUUCCCGGGCAACCUCCUCGAAAAAAAAUAAAGUCAUCAAGCUCCACGACAUCACAGAUUUUCAGAAGUACAAGGUGCUGUCAGUAUUGCCUGGAUCUGGGAUGGGGAUCUCCAUUACAACGCCAUCCACUCUAAAGCCUCUAGUGUUUGGUGCCAUGAUUCAUCGGGACGAGGCCUUCGAUGCCAUCAACACUCAGUACAUGAAGAUCAUAAACUCCACAGCAGCUACAACAGUCACAAGCCCAGAGACAUAGCUGGAUCAACAUAUGACGUAAGGUAGUCCAUAAGGCAGCCCUAACCUUAAUGUAGCACUGUCCUAACCGCUAUAUGGAGAAGAUGGCUUCCGGAAGUUGUCCGCCCAAUCUCCAACCCAAAAAGAUGGAUUUGAGGAGUAGAAACUGCAAAAAAAAAAAAAAAUUCAUAUUCUCUUUGAAAUGAAGUGAGUAUUAGGAAGGGGUGUUUUAUAUAAUGUUCUCUCAAAUGGCGUACUAUAAUCUUACACAAGUGUUUGUCAGGAUGGGUCUUAUUUUAUAAGGUUAGGGGUUGGUUGUGCUUCUUACUUGUUUGUCCUGUGUCCCACAACAGCGAAAUGUCCCUCCAGAACAGGAGCUGGUACUCCUUUGUGUCUCUCGGAGGGCUCUGUGUGAUCUGUGUGUAGUCAGACCAUAUAACCGUCUCUGAGCUAACCGACAUUUUCACUUAAUUGCAUCACCGCUGGCCUUGCACAAAGAAACAGCACUUAGUGUUGCUGAGAGCUUUUAGAUGUGAUUUAGGGGGAAAAGGAACAGACUUAACCGUCAACCGAAAUCCAUACGCGCAAAGCAGCUCCCAACUGCCGACCACACCGUUCCUUGGGACGCGCCAACUUUCUCAUUAUUUGUGAUACUUGUAUUAACUUUUGACAUAAAAACGACCUCAUUUUAAAGGAGUACCGUAGUUCACAUGUUAACACAGAAGGAGAUAUUUAGCAGAAUGUCCAAGCUGCUCCUUUCACCCAAAUAGGAAAAUUCUGUCAACAUUUACUCACUCUAUGUUGUUUUAACCCCAUAUGACUUGCUCCCGUGGGAUGCACUAGAAGAUAUUUUGAAGACUUUUUUUUUUUUCAUAGUUAAAGUCAAUGGGGUCCAAGACAACUCUAGACCCCAUUGACUUUCAUUUUAUGGAGAGAGGAAAACAAGUUUUAAAAAUAUCUCCUAUUUUGUUCCACAUAAAAAGCCAUACAGGUUUGAAAGAACAUGAUGUUGACUAAAUAUUAAAAUACUUCUUGGCUGAACUAUCCUCAUACUGGUCUGUAUCAGGGUGCUUUUUUUGGUU